AUGGUUGUAGAGAGUGGUGCAAAACAGUGCUUCAUUGAGCUUGCUAAAGCUGAUACUAGCGCCGAUUAUGAUAAAGCACUCAAAAUCGCUAAUAAAGUUUUACGCACAUAUCCAAAGGAAACAUUGGCGUUUAAAUGCAAAUUGAUAGCACUUAUACAACUUAAUCGGUUGGAUGAAGCACUUACUUUAAUCAAGAAGACUCCACCUCAUCAUAUGGGAGAUUGUCUGUUUGAAAAGGCGUACGUGUUGUAUCGAAUGCAGGAAGAUGCCGCUGCACUGGAAACACUCGAAAAGGUUUCAGAGGCUGAUUAUCGUUGCAUGGAACUCAAGGCACAAUUGCUUUAUCGUUCUGAACGUUUCGAUGAAGCUUCGAAAAUAUUUAUGAGCUUGCUGAAAGAUCAUUCGGAUGAUUAUGAUGAAGAACGAUGCGCCAAUUUGAUCGCAGCGAUUGCACAGUUGCAAGCCAGUGGCCAUCAGCAGCAGCCACCAUCACAUUUGGAUACAUUCGAACAGUUGUAUAAUGCUGCUUGUCAAUUGAUUGAAUCAGGUGGAUAUACUCAAGCACUGAAAUUUCUUGAAAAAGCUGAAAGGUUAUGCAGCGAUACGUUAAUAGAGGAAGGUUUGUCAGAAGAAGAAAUUGAGGAAGAACUGUCCGUAAUUCGAGUCCAAAAAGCGUUUGUUCUUCAAAUGCUGGGCAGGAGAGACGAUGCAUUAAAAAUCUAUUUGCGAAUUCAAAAUCUCAAUCCGUCAGAUAAAAGUGUUAUCGCAGUGGUCUCAAAUAAUAUACCGUCGUGUCGUGUAGAACAGAAUUUGUUGGAGGCACGAAAGAAGUUAAAAACUGCACUGCAGGUUGAGAGUUCUAAGCUAACAGCUCGACAACGACGUAUUCUUUUGUUGAAUCAGGCUUUGGUACACCUUUUCUCGAACCAGCGUGAGCCAUGUCGUCGAACUCUCGAAGAAUUUACCAAGAAGUAUGGCUCUUGUACCGAAGUGACGUUGAUAGAAGCAGCACUCUAUGUUCGCUCGAAAGAGCUUCAAAAAGCACUUACAGUACUCAAGGGUGAUCCAUCGAAAGAGGCAAAAUUGACAGCAGUGCAAAUUUUGCUUGAUGAAGGAAAAUUGGAGGAUGCGAGCUGUACAUUAAAUGAACUCUCUACAGAUUUAUUAUCUUAUCCGGCAAUUUUACAGCUAAGAGUCGCCCUUCUUCUAGCCACAAAUCAGCAAAAUAUGGCGCUAAAUCUUCUAAAAUCUGCCUUGAAUUCGGCAAAAAGUGAGAAGGCUCGUAUUGCAGUACUAGAGGAAAUUGCUUCACUCAAUAUUCAAUUAGGAGAUUAUCAUUCCGCUGCAGAAUAUUUCGAAAAACUUUCUGAACUUCGUCCCGAUGAUAUGCAGAUAAUGUGUUCUUUAAUCAAAGCUGUUUCAACGUUUAAUAUAGUACGAGCUGAAAAAUUAUUGGCAAAAGUAUUUCCACAGGGAAGUAGCAUGGAUAUCGAUGUCGACAUGCUGGAGGAUUCAGAUUUUAUUUUGUAUGGGGAACGUUAUCGUCAGAAGAAAGAGCUGAAAACAGAAACUCCUGAUAAUGAUAUAGUAACUAAAAGAAGAGCACAUAAACGUAAGCGAAAGAUCAUCUUACCAAAAAACUUCGAUCCAAAAGUACCUCCUGACCCGGAACGGUGGUUACCAAAACAAGAACGUACAGCAUUUAGGAAAAAACUUAACAAAAAGCACCGUGAUCGCGAUAUCGGUCGAGGCACGCAGGGAGCAGUUAGCUCUUCUCCCAAAAUGGAACCAACAACGAUGGCGACAAAAACAAUUAAUUCGCAUCCAAUAGGACCAGUAAUGGGCAUGGAAGGCCCACGUCAACAAAGACCAGCUGGUCAACAACAAAAAAAGAAGAAGAAAAAGAUGGGUAACAAAUGGUGA